ACUCAUUUUUAAAAUUGUCAUUGAAGCAAUAUGGAUAACAGUGCCUCUCUUGAUCAGGACCAAAAUCAUUGUUCAGCCAUCAAUAACAGCAUCUCUCUGAUGCAGGGCAGCCUCCCGACUCUGACCUUAUCUGGGAAGAUCCGAGUGACAGUGACUUUCUUCCUUUUACUACUAUCUACCACCUUUAAUGCUUCUUUCUUGCUGAAGCUAAAGAAAUUGACUCAGAAGAAGGAGAAAGGAAGAAAGGUCUCAAGAAUGAAAGUGCUUUUAAAGCAUUUGACCUUAGCCAACCUAUUGGAGACUCUAAUUGUCAUGCCACUGGAUGGGAUGUGGAACAUAACAGUUCAGUGGUAUGCUGGAGAAUUCCUUUGCAAAGUUCUCAGCUAUCUGAAGCUCUUCUCCAUGUAUGCCCCUGCCUUCAUCAUGGUGGUGAUUAGCCUGGACCGUUCUUUGGCCAUCACCAGGCCCCUCGCUGUGCAAAGCAGUAUCAAGCUGGAACAGUCCAUGAUUGGCUUAGCCUGGAUUCUCAGCAUUGUCUUUGCAGGACCACAGUUGUAUAUCUUCAGGAUGAUCUACCUAGUAGAUGGUUCUGGGCAGACAGAAGUUUUCUCCCAAUGUGUAACACACUGCAGUUUUCCACAAUGGUGGCAUCAAGCCUUUUACAACUUCUUCACCUUCAGCUGCCUCUUCAUUAUCCCUCUUCUCAUCAUGCUGAUAUGCAACACCAGAAUCAUCUUCACCCUGACGCGGGUCCUUCAUCAAGAUCCCCACAAACUACAACUGAGUCGAUCCAAGAACAAUAUCCCAAGAGCACGGCUGAGGACGCUGAAGAUGACAGUUGCAUUUGCCACCUCAUUUAUUGUCUGCUGGACUCCUUACUAUGUCCUGGGAAUUUGGUACUGGUUUGAUCCUCAAAUGUUAAACAAAGUGUCAGAUCCAGUAAACCAUUUCUUCUUUCUCUUUGCUUUUUUAAACCCAUGCUUUGACCCAUUGAUAUAUGGAUAUUUCUCUCAGUAAUUGGUGGACUACACAGGA